UGCUGGUACAUACGCGUAUGUUCGGUAAGUAACACACUCAUCAGAUUUUCCCAUUUGUUAUAAAGACCAGUGUUGACUAGUUAAAACUACAGAACAGUGAAUUGACUAUACUCUAACUAUGCUGGGAGAUAAGAAGAGAACGGUCCCUUGUGUUGUGAUGGAGAAUUUACCGUGCUACAACUAUUGUACUGACAGCAAAGAGACUUGUGUUACCAAUCCUCUGUAUGAUCUUUUCUGUAUUAAUUCACUCGAGAGAUUGUCUAUAAAAAGCCUCGGUGAUGAAUUCAGUAAUAAGUUAAAAACUGCUUCGUCACCAACAGCUGUCGAUAAGGUCAUUGAGGAAUACAGUGGUAAAACCAUUUGUGUUGGUGGAAACACACUGUUUGUACACACGGGACUUCCAGAUGCAUUAGAAACAAUAGCGUGGGACUUUGAAAAAGUGUACGUUGGCAAACCACUUCAUAUGCUGGGAUAUCUUCACAUGAUUGACUCUGAGUACUUUGUCUUGUUGGAUGACAAUGGCAAUGUUUACCAAGCUGAUGACGCUAUUCUGCACUGGGUGAGCAAGGAUGUAGUGAAGUAUUUCAGGUCUGGUCCUGAAAAUUUGGGUUUUUAUGAUUACUAUGACUAUUUAGACAGUAGUAGGAGUCUUCCAUGUGUUGGGGGAUCACACGAUAAUGAGCUAAACUACUUGGAGGAAAACAAAAAAAUAUUUGAGAAAAAAUCUGAACAACAUGGCGAGAUAAAAAGUUCCAUGUCAGAGACUGAACUCAAGGAGUACACCGAGAAAAGCAACUACUAUGCAAAUCUUCUUAUUCCACCGUGCAAUUGAAUAUAUGUUUCUGAAUACAUGUACCUGUGCAGACUUGAUUAUAGUCUAGCGUAUCACUAUCUGCUUGGAGUUGGAGCUUGGAGUACAUAACAGUCCUAAGAAUUGGUGUGUGUUAAGAUCAGAACGUUGAAAAUGCCAGGCACAUUAUGGAACACUGGGCAUUUUUAUUAUGCAUAUAAACUGUCCUCAAAAAGAGAACAUAAGAGUGAACAAACAUGCAACAUUGGAUUGAAACUCGCAACUCGGCAAAAGUGCAUGUCACAGCAGGUGUGUGUUUAU